AUGAUGCAAUCCAUCUUCACUGCUAGAACGUAUGUCAAAUUCUGUCGGGAGACAACGCUACACGGCCUGAAGCAUACUGUUUCUGAGCAAUUUCACUGGGUGGAGAGGCUGCUAUGGUUCAUAGUGACGUGCGCAGCGUUUCUCGGUGCGGUGUACUGCGCGUUGCGGCAACUAUCCAGAUACAACUCCGAGCCGGUGGUGGUAUCCCUGCGACGUGAUUAUCGCAGCUGGUGGACGGCGUUUCCAGCAGUCACGGCCUGCUUCCUGGACCGAGUGCAGCGGGCCAAGGCGCAGGACACCAUCCAGAUGUUGUGGAAUGUGACGAAAGAGUCCGACCCGGACCGCUAUCAGUACUACCUGGGCUUCAUCGAGCUGGUCACCGACGUGUCCUUCCGCACUAACUUGCAGAACUUCUGGAAAUAUCAGACCGACGAUUCUGUGAAGGGAGUGGACUUGCUGCAGUUAGCUUUAGAUGUGCAUCCCACCUUCCCACUCAAGGUCAUGGUCUCCAAGCAGGAUAAGGAAGUCCAAUGGGUCCCCGUGAUGACCGAAAUGGGUAUGUGCAUGACCUUCAACUCGGAGUACGCGGUGUACCAGUUCCUCCUCCCCAACGUGGACUGGUCCGUGGACCAGCUGCUAAAGUGUCACUACUUGAGCGGGCAGUGCUUCGUGAGGGUGGACUCUAUGAAUAACGCUAUAAAGUAUUUUGUCCAUUCGCCAUUUGACAUACCCAACGCUCUGUCGAACCCUACCGGAGAGGUUAUGCCGGGCGAAGAAUUGGUCAUGGAUUUCAAGGUCGUGGAAAUCCAAGCUGCACCAGGAGUGAAGAAUCUAAGACCGGAACAGCGGCGUUGUCGCUACCCGGACGAGUGGAUCAGCGACUCCAUCCGGGCAUACAGCUUCGGGCUCUGCCAGAUGCACUGCAGAAGUCGCAUGGCGAUUAUGUUUUGCGGAUGUCGACCGUUUUUCCAUAUUAAAGGAGUUUUGCCGUUUGGACUGGACGUUGGUCUGCUGGGCAUAGGUGCGUACUAUUGUACGCGCUUGAAGAAGCCAGAUCCUGUGAAUGUUAUGAGCAUAUUCGGGCCGGAGCUCGGGUCUAAGGAAGCUGAAGCCAAUCCUGACCAAGUGGUGCAGUGCAUAGCUCAUAGAGGCGCGGGCUUGGACGCGCCAGAAAACACUUUGGAGGCAUUUAAAUAUUGUGUAGAACGAGAAUGCAACUUUGUGGAGCUGGAUGUCCGCACCCUGAAGGACGGGCAGCUGGUGGUGCUGCACGACCAGGGGCUGCAGCGGCUCUCCGAGUCCAGCAUCACGGACGUGACCGCACUCAAUUGGGAGGAUAUUAAGGAUAUCGAUGUUGGUGUCACACAUCCUAACCGGCAACGCUACAAAGAAGUGAAACUGUGCUUGCUGGACGAGGCGCUCACCUACUUGCUGGAGAAGCGCGUGCGCUGCAUCAUUGACGUCAAGGGCGAUAACAAGGAGGUUGUAAAUGGUAUCGUGAAGACGUUUGAGACUCGGCCCGCGCUCUACAAGUCCGCGGCCGUCACCUGCUUUAACCCUGCUACGCUCUACAAGAUAAGGAAAAUGGACCCGAAGAUAGUAGGGGCCAUCAGCUACCGGCCAUACUGCUUCAGUGCCCAGGAUUUUGAUGCGGAACACGGCCCGACUAACCCCAGAUUCGGCGACAACCUGCCCGUGCACGUGGUGCUCCGCUUCCUGGAUCUGCUGCACUCGCUGCUGUGGCGCUGGACGGCGCGCUGGUGCGGCGUCAGCGCUGUACUGCUGCAUAAGGACACCGUCAGCCUAUGCGAAGUCCGCUACUGGCGUACGCUCGGUGUGCGCCUGGCGGGCUGGAGCGUCAACCGGCCAGUCGAGAAGCUGUACUGGCGUUGUGUGCUCCGCGCGCCUUAUCUCGCCAACACGCUCGCCGGCGAGCGGGAGAAAGAGAAAGAAGUACAGGUUGACACACAGAGCGCGAGAGCGAACGAGAGCGCGGUGAAGACAGAAAAGCAAGAAAAAGAAUUGGCCUAGAUGAUUAACCGACGUGUAUAAUGAAUUAAUGUAACUGAUUGUUUUUGACAUAAGGUUAUAUGGGGUAAGAGAAACAUCGGGACAAGAGAAACUCUAGUAAGGUAUCCUCAUACCAAAGAGAAUAGAGUGUAUAGUGGAUUGUCAAAGUAAAUUAUGUAGCCACUGUAAAUUUACUGCCAUCUUUCGACACAAAUUUAAAACUGUUAGAACGCCAUUUGAUUUUGAUCCUUAUUCUUUCACUGAUAGUGAUAUGUGUUAAAUAUUGAAAUUAACGCCAUCUACUCGACUGUAGGCCAAAGGUUAUGGCGCCAUCGCUCGAAAAGAUUGCACCAUACCUUUGGCCUACUCUAGAGUGGAUGGCGUUAAUAUUAAUAUUUAACAAGUUAACACAUAUCAGUGAAAGAAUAAUAAUCAGAGUCAAAUGGCGUUCUAACAGGUUUAAUCUUCUGUCGAAAGAUGACAGUAAAUGUACUGUAGCCACAUAAUUUACCAUUACAGUAGCUCUCUAUUUCAAAUUCUCUUUGCCCCGAGUAAAAUAAACUGUUUCUCUUAACCCCACAUUACCUUAAGAGGGAAGUAUAAGCUACUCACAAAAAGUACUUUCUUCAUACAAUUUCCAUUUCGGCAGAAAACGUUUUCCACUAACUAAAUCUUAACAUAUCACUUUUGAUUUUGAUGUCGAUCCCUUCAUCAUAAUAUAUUCUAGGUUUAUAGGUUUCGCUUUAAAAAAUAUUUUCUUUUGCAUUGCAAAUUUUGAAAAAAGGAAAGCCUACAAACCUAGUUUUUCAUUGUGUCAAUAACAUACUAAAAAAUCAUGGAGAAUUGAAAUUAUUUACAAGUGAAAAAACGUUUUCUCUUUUAUGGACGAUCACGUGCUAUACUUAUUCUCUCUUAAAUAUUUUUUUACUGAGUAGACUUUAAUGUCCUACCCAUUUUUACACGACUGCCCAAAAAAAAAAUAGUGUAUUGUUUUCAGCACCACAGAAAUUUGAACCUUUAGUGUAGGAAAUAGAGUUGAUUUUGCGUUGUCCAAAAACUGAACGAAACAAAGCAAAAGCAACUCUGUUCCAAUCGAAUAUGAUAUAAAUUUCAUUGAACUGAAUAAGUACUAUAGGUAUAGUAUAAAUUAUCUCAGAUGAUUUUUUCGGGUUCGGGUGCUAAUCCGUUAAACAAUAGUUAUUUGUACAACAAGAGAUCAAAGUUUGAUAUUUCUUCGAGUGCUUAUUUUGAGUCCCGUGCAAGCGAAAGAUUCUAUAAUAGAUUCACGAGCGUAGCGAGUGAAUCUAAUUUAGAAUCUUGAGCGUAGUAAGGGAUUCAAAAGCGCACGAGAUGUAAAUAACUUUGAUCUCGUGUAGUACACAAAAUUUUUCACCCUAAGCAGUGAGAACAUACCUAGAGGGACAGAGAUAAUAGAACCCAAGUAUAUCGAACUUGUAUUAGACCCCGCAUGUUGAAAUGACAUUUGACUAUAAAGGUCACUUGAAUGUCAUUUUGUCUCAGACAGAGACACACUCAGUGAGCAAAACCGCAUUUUGCUCACUGUUUUUAAGAAGCAAAGUACCCUUGUUCGAGCUGCUGAGGUGAAAAAGCCUUUGUUUCUUUUAACAGUGCUCUUCUGCACGUGCCAAAGCAACCAUGUCGUUUAAAAAGCAACUAUCGUGAUAGUAUUAAGGUUCAAAUUCAUAUGACAGCUCGUUCAGAGAACAAUCAGGGUGGUCUUGUUUUUGGAAAUAACAAAACGUGUUAUCUAUCACCGAAUGGCCUGUUUCAUGAUCAUGAAUUUGAACCAUAUAAUUAGAGUGGUAAGUUUGCUUUUUAACCGGGCUUGGUCCCGUUACUUAUGUCGGGGCUAUUAGCAGUAAGCAGUGUAACCACUGCAUAAAGGAAACAAUACCUUUUGUUUAACAGAUUAGGGUCCGAGCCCGAAAAAAUCACCUGAGAUAAUUCAUACUAUAGGACCUUAGGCCUUAGGAGGAUAUAGUGACUUUAAUAGCGAUUGUCACUGUGGCAAGGUACGAAAUGGGUCACAAGUCACAAAUUAAAUUCUUCGACUGUAUUUUCUAAUGAAAAUUAAAGUUUUCUUUAAUAGACGAUUAUUUUAGCAAAAUAAUAAAAGGCACCUACGCUUUUUAUGCUUAUAUAAAAUAAUAAUAAAACCGUUUUUGUCAUGGCGUCAAUAUCAGUUUUGCAAACGAAAUUAUAUUUUUCUAAUUAAUAACUUGAAUACCAAUAAUAAUAGUUAAUUGUGUUCGAAAGCAAUAUUAUUGGGAAAAUAAUUAAUAAUUAUUUAAAUUUACUGAUAAAUUAUAGGAAUACAACCUCACAAUGCUUUCAGAGCAAUUAGUGAUAGGUCCCAGUUAAUAAUAAAUUAACAUUUUUGAUUAUUUAUUUAUUUUACGUACAUAUUACCAAAUGGACUAAAUAGCAAUAUUAAUAUAGCCUUAAACAAAUUAAUAUAUAACAUAGAUUUUAUUAAAGAUUAAGCUUUUUCGCCAUAUCCUGUAUUCCACUGCCAAUUUUGUGAUAUUUUUUAGUCUUUUUAUCAUAAAUAAAUGUCAUAUACGAAGAAAAGUGACCAAUAAGGCCACUGCCCAGGGCUGGAAUCGAACCAGCGUCCUCUGCUAUCGCGGCAGGUACCUGUGCCAUUCGGCCACUCGGGCCACGCGACAUGGGUCGAAUUUUUCCUAGUAUAUGCCUUUUUGAUCUGUUGAUCGCCACUAUUUUAUACAGGGUGGCCAAAAAAUAAGUGCAUUCCCGUUGCCAGCGAGGUUUUGGAAUUAUACUGAGCAACUUUUACAAAGGGAACCCCCAAAUCGCGAAAAAAAAAUUGGCAGUUUCAUGCAUUUUGGCUGGUCCAUUUUUUAUGGAAGGGUAUUUUUUUUGCGAUGUUGGGGUUGGUCCCAUAGUAAAAGUUGCUCAGUAUAGUCCCAGAACCUCCCUGGCAACGGGAAUGCACUUAUUUUUUGGCCACCGCGUAUUAAGUAACAAGCAAUAAUAAACUUUAUUCAUAUGUAUAACGGUUCAUUUUAUACAGCACAUUUUUUUACUUUGACUGGCGGUCAAAGGAUUAACUUUCUAAAAAGCUCGCGUAGGGCUUUUUAAACCUACCCUGAAUGCUUAGUCUGAGUAUAUUUUGUACCAUGAGAAAAGAACAAAAAUGACUUGUGUAGACGACACGAUUUUUGCCCCGAUUUGUGUCCGAAUCUGUUGACAGAUCGCACCGUUAAGUUUAGGCAAAUUUCGCAAAUCUGUAGCCCUGUGUUCCGAAUCACGCUCACAACGCGUACAGUGCUGGCUGCCGGUCCGAAUCAGUUAGCUCUCUGAAAUUUGUUUCGCGCCUGUCCUGUCAUUGUCAAACGUCACCUUGACGUUUGCGCUCAAGGUGCUUACGCCUGGGAGUGUGAGCACCGUGAGCGCCGUCCAUUGACGUCACGAUAUCUCAUGUAAGCGCUGUGAGCGUGAAUCGGUCCGAUCGUGAGCGUGCUGUGGGCGCUGUGAGCGUGAUUCAGAACAUAGCCUAGGUUGUCAACCCUUUACCAGGCUGACAGUUCAAAAAUGACAAUCGAAAGUCAGUCUUACUUAUGUCUUACUGAUCGAAAAUAGACCACAUGUUUGAAGUGCCGUAUGUGGGAAAUAUAUAUCCCAGCCUGGUAAAGUUAAACUUAAGUGUUUUUUUUACAAAUUAUAUGUUAAAAGUUUGCGUAAUUUCUACGUGUUGGUUGAUUUAUUUUGUAGACACAUAGCUUUAUAUUUAUUUUACGUUUUAUGUAAAACGCGAUGAAGUAUUAUUUUACCAAAUAUAGUUAUAAUUAUACAUAUAGUAAUUAUUUUUGCACAAAUUCUCGUAUGGCAACUGAUGUACAAAAGAAUAUAAGUUGUAUGUGUGCGUGUUAGACAUUGCGUUUGAAAUAAUUAAAUAAAAUUGUUUAUGUA